UAAAGGUGCAAGCAAGCAGCUCUUGGGCCUGGAGGAAACUGUUAAAGCUAAGGGUGGUUAUCUUUCCCUGGAUGAAGAAGCAGAAUGGUAUAAUACACUGGGACUCAAAAGAAAUGAUGGUCUAUUCUACACGAAGGGUAUGGGAAACCCUGAGGCACAAGGCUCCCAAAGUUCCAUGGUACAGUUUGGUAUGGGGCAAGAAUUGUCCACCUCGCUGUAGUCUGAUAGUCUGGUUGAUAGUUAAGAAGGCUAUAGUUACAAGGGAUAGGUUGCUGAGAUGGGGCAAAAUCAAUGAUGCAUCAUGCCAGCUUUGCAACUCUUCAAUUGAAAGCAGAGAACACUUGUUUGUCCACUGUCCGUAUUGGAAAAGUCUUGCAGAGGAGCUGAAGUGUGCAAUGCUGCUGCGACCUGACUGGACACAGAUGUUGAGAAUGAUGGCACAGGUUGGGACAUCGAGAACAAGGAUGUGGCAUGGUCUGAUGUGGUGUUUGAUGGUGACUUAUACUUGGAAAGAGAGAUGUGGAGUUAUCCAUGGUGCACAGCGUCGUACUCCUGCUCAGGUGGCCGAUCAGAUACGAGAUGAUAUACAGUUUAUAGCUUAUGGCAAUAAGAGUUACAUAGAUAUUUUAGUUGAGCUGGGUUACAUAUAGAAACCUCUUUUUUCAUAUCUGGUAGAUGCCUAGUUGUCAGUAGCUUGAUACAGUAGAAAUCGUAGCUAUAAUCGAGAUAUACUCUCGCUUCGUUGUAUCGGUUUACUUGAAAUAAAAGCAACUGAUUCAACGAAAAAAAAAAAUGUGGCGUAGUCUUUUAUUUAAUUUUCUUUUAUUAUAAGAUUAAGCGUUAGAGACAAAUUCGGGAUGGGAUUAGCACCGUACUAGCACGCCUAAAUUAACCAUCAAAUUAAAAAGUAAUCCUAGGGUCAGAAUUAAAUAAAAGAUAAUUUAGUCAACUAACCAUUAAACCCUCAUAUAUAUAUAGGAUCAACCUUUUCCCAUCUGCCCCUCUUCUCCCACACUCUCUCUGAAAGAAUAGAACCUUUCUUCUUCUCUCUCUCAAAAAACUCCCAUCUCCGUCGAUUGACCUUCGCGUUCGACUACGCCUGCGUCUACCUCAGCCAUGCCGGCCUCGUCCGCAACCGCGCCUCUGCAACUCCCUCAUCCCGCAAUCACUUCGCCAUCGCCAUGCACUACUCUCAACUUGUCGGCCUUACCUCUGUCGCCGCUUCGAUAAAACCACAACACUUGCGGCUGGGGAGGAGGUGAGUCAUCAAAUGAUGGAGGAAGAGGAAACAAAACCAGAUCUGGGGAAAGACAACCGUUCGAUGGAGAGAAACAAGCCUGCACCGCCCUUACUUCCGUCGGCCUUGCCUCCGCUGGCUUCCCACCGCCACUGGCUUCACCGUCAAUCACUCACGGAUCUAUAUUAUUAUUUGAUUAGGAUUGAUUGGGUUAGUAGUGAUUGUGUUUUAGUGUUUUUUUUAUAUGUACCAGUAGUCUUUUUUUUUUUUUGUAUUCAGCUGUUCGGCAACGAUAUUUUUGUUAAAGUAUUAGUAGUGUUUGGUAUAUUAGUAGCAAUAUUUGUUCUUUGUGUAGUAGGUUUUUCAUUUACAUUAGUGUUCUAUCUAAGUCCUGUUAAUUAAAAAAUACUGCUUAAAACAACAAAAUCACUACUGAUUAUCAUAAAAUCACUACAACAUCUUAUUUAAAUCACUACUAAUUUAACUAUUAGUGGUUUUCCAGUAGUAUUUUUUCACGUUUUGUGAAGGAGAAGAAAAAUGAUUAAAAUUCAAUUAAUUUAAUAAAUUCAAUUUUUCAAA